CAGAACACAAAAAUCCAACAUUACUGAAUUGCCGCGAAACCCAAAACCGACGCUGAGUUCCGAAGUGUUUGACCGAGCUGUCGUAUAAUCCGGUACCUUGUUCCGGGGACUCCUAGGUCUUACAUUUGAAAAAGCAAACUAAGUUUUUUUAAACUACCAAGUUCAUUUCUUUAUUUUUUUAAAACAAAGUCACGCGCUUUCUUCUACGUUUGGCCAAUUCUCAAUAAUGUGAAGAAGAGAAAAGAGUAGACUCCCACAACUCUCAUUUUCUCAGUUGUAUAUUUAUAUCUGUACACAUCAACACUUCAAAGUUUGGAGCUUUUUGAUUUCUUUGGGGCGUUUCAGGCAUAAUGAAUCGACGGUGGGGAUUUCAUCGGGUUGUGGUGGCUGUUGUGUCUGUGUUGCUACUGUUUCAUUAUAAUCUGAGCUUCUGUUGGUGUCUCAACAGUGAAGGUUUGGCUUUGUUGAGGUUUAGGGAGAGAGUGAUCAGAGACCCUUAUGGAGUUUUGAGGAAUUGGAAUGCUGGAGAAGAUGAUGGUGGUCCUUGUUCUUGGUUUGGGGUUGAGUGCUCAUCAGAUGGGAGAGUCAUCAGCUUGAAUUUGAAAGAUCUUUGUCUUGGAGGAACAUUGGCUCCUGAUAUUGGAAAGCUGGCUCACAUAAAAUCUAUUAUUUUGCGGAAUAAUUCUUUUUCUGGCAAAAUUCCUGAAGAGAUUGGAGAUUUGAUGGAGCUGGAGGUUUUGGACUUGGGAUAUAAUAACUUUAGUGGAUCGUUUCCAUCUGAUUUCAGCAACAAUCUGUCCCUCACUACCCUCUUACUUGACAAUAACCAGUUUCUUGGUUUUUUAUCUCCUGACGUCCAUGAGCUCAAGAUGAUUUCUGAAUGCCAAACAGAUGAGAGCCAACUAACAGAUCCUGCUUUUGGAACAUCAUCCAUGAGCAGAUCUGUCAACUGGAACACUGCCCUACCUGGAGAUACAGCUCACCGGAGGUUGCAGCAGGUGGUAGAUGAGCCAGAGCCAUCCAGAAUUGGAAAAUCAAAUGGCAGGGUUACAUCAUCCAUAUCGGCUUCACCAUCUCCAUCACCAUUUUCAGCUUCAAUACCACCAUCUGCUUCACCAAUUUUACCAUCACCCUCAUCAAAUUCUCCUUCACCAUCUCCCUCAAGUAGCUUUAUGAGCCCUUCACCCUCGCCUUUGAUAGCACCAACUCCAGCCUCUCCAGUCCCAGCAAUUCCACCAACUACUUUUUUAACACCAACAGAGUCUAGUCCGUCACAAACUCCAUCCCCUGCUUCAGUUCCAGUGCAAGGGGUUAAAAAUAGUUCAAAGUCAAAGCGCCGCGUAGUUCUGAUUUGUGCAACUGUUGUUGGAGGCUCUUUAUUCAUUUUACUUUCAGUCAUUGGCAUCAUGCUUGUCCGAAGCAGUAAAGUGGUUACAGUUAGACCCUGGACAACAGGGUUAAGUGGGCAGUUGCAGAAAGCAUUUGUAACAGGUGUACCAAAGCUCAACCGAUCAGAACUUGUGGCUGCUUGUGAAGAUUUCAGCAAUAUAAUUGGAUGCUUUUCAGAUGGUAACAUUUAUAAGGGGACUCUUUCAAGUGGGGUUGAAAUAGCUGUAACAUGCAUUACAUCAACAUCUGCUGGAGACUGGUCUAAACAUCUGGAGGCUCAGUUCAGAAAGAAGAUAGAAACAUUAUCCAAGGUGAACCACAAGAACUUUGUAAAUCUGAUCGGGUACUGUGAAGAAGAGAAGCCAUUCACAAGAAUGAUGGUUUUUGAAUACGCUCCAAAUGGAACACUUUUUGAGCAUCUACAUAUAAAAGAAGCCGAACACUUGGACUGGGGAAUGAGAGUAAGAGUAGCCAUGGGCAUGGCAUACUGUCUAGAGUACAUGCACCAAAUGAGUCCGCCAAUAUACCAAAAGAACUUGCAAUCAGCUUCUAUAUACCUGACUGAAGACUAUGCAGCCAAAGUAUCAGAUUUCAGCUUCUGGAACGAAGGCACUACAACACAGAGAAGAUCAACUGACAAAGGACUUACGGAAAUCCCAACUGCAACUUCAGAAAGCAAUGUGUACAGCUUCGGUGUUAUAUUGUUUGAAAUGUUUACUGGUAGAAUUCCAUACUCUGUGGAAGAGGGUUCUCUUGCAGACUGGGCAUCACAUUAUCUAAGAGGGGACAAAUACUUGGGAGAAAUGGUGGAUCCUACCUUAGAAACUUACCAAGAAGAAGAGCUGGGAAAACUGUUUCAGGUUAUAACAGAUUGUGUCCAUCCUGACCCGAAACAAAGACCAAAGAUGGCAGAGAUCACAGCCAGGUUAAAAGACAUCACAGCUAUUGGGCCGGAUAGAGCGACACCAAAGUUAUCCCCUCUUUGGUGGGCAGAACUUGAAAUCCUUUCUGAAGGAAACUGAUCAUGAUCUAUUUAUUUUUCUUGUUCAUUUCUUUAUAAUUUGUGUAUUUUAUUCUUUAACCCGAUUUCUGUUAUUCAUUAUAGCAGUGGGGUGCAUGUAGGAUAGCUCUGAUUGUGUGGUGUUCUAAUCUAAGUUAGAAGAGUUGAAUUGUAAAUAACGAUUGCAUUGGGAAAGUGAGCCUUUUUCCUGUUUUAUACACAAAAGUGUAACUUCUAAAGAUCAAUAAAUUUUGAUUUUUUGAA